AUGUUGUUCGAUGAUGGUGAGGCUGCUUAUUAUACAACUCGUUUGAUGGAAUACGAAACGAAUAAUGGAUUAGUAACCAGUGUUAUAUCCUUGAAUGAAUCUCAAGUGGUGGAUCAUGAAACGCGUGUAAUGAUUACUAGUUAUAUAAUGAAGUAUCAUGAGUCUCUUCGUGCAGAUAAUUCGUCUGAGGAAAGGACUGAUCAGGAACAUUCGGUCAAGAUAGGGGGAAACAGUGAUGAGGAGAAAGAAGAAGUGGACGUUUGUGCGAUUUGUCUGCAAGAAUUUGAGACGGGUGAAACGUGUGCAAGACUCGAAUGCGAACACAGGUACCAUCUAGGAUGCCUUGAGAAAUGGUUGCAGCAGAGGAACAAUUGUCCGAUUUGUAGGGCUAAAGUUUUUCCUUUUUUGAGUAAGAUUUGUAUGGUUAUAGUAUAG